AUGUGCGCAACGAGUUCAAAGACAUUGCUGCAGCGGGAGCAGCAGCAGCUGCUGCUGCGUCUGCUGCUGCUGCUCGUGUUCAUGCUGCUGCUGCUGCUACCUGCAGCAGACAGCAGAACAGUAGCUGCUUCAAGAGGCUCUGCUGCUGCAGCAGCUAUACCCUCAAGCAGCAGCUGUGGGGCCCCCAGGGGGCCUCCCUAUGGAGGCCCCUGCAGCCGCAUCGCAUUUAUGAGAGCAAAGAGCAGCAAAGAAUCAAAGAACAAUGUCUCUUUAAACGCGCAGCAGCAGCAGCAGCAGCAGCAACAGCAGCAGCAGCAGCAGGAAGGCAGCGAGAAGAACGAGCAGACAGAGGGUGCAGAGUUGGGAGGCUCAUCAGCAGCAGCAUCAUCUGCUGCAGCAGAAGCAGCAGCAACAACAGCAGCAGCAGAUGCAGCAGCUUCACCUACAGCAUCAGCAGCAGCAGGAGAGGGGUUUGCUGCUGCAGCAGCUCCUUCUGAUACGGGUCCUCGUGUUGCAGUAGAGUGUCUGUACAUCUCCAACAGCAGUUUGCUUCCUGCUGCAGCAGCAGCAGCACUUUCUGCUGAGGCCCUGCAGGCGUACGGAGACAGACGAGAUAGCCUUUAUUUGCUGUCUCCUUCAGGGCUUGCUGCUGCAUGCAACUACUUUAAAGCAGCAGCGCAGCAACUCUAUCAACGUGAGGGGUAUGUGCUGGCGUCAGUAGAGAUAGCCCCACACCAGCAGCACCUGCUGCAGCCGCAGCAGCAGCAGCAGCAGCAACAGCAGCAGCAGCAACAGCAGCAGCAGCAACAACAGCAACAGCAACAGCAGCAGCAGCAACAACAGCAACAGCAACAGCAGCAGCAGCAGCCCUUGAGAGUAGAAUUCAGGGCUAAAGAACCCCGGCUGGGCCCCACACCUCUCGUUGUACACUUCGAGGGAGACACCGCAGAGCAGCAGCAGCAGCAGCAGCAGCAAGAAGGAGCAACAGCAGCAGCAGCAGCAGCAGCAGCAAAGCCGAGAGCAGCAGGGAGAACAAAGACAGACACAUUGCGCAGGUUUUUAAAUUUAAAGGCGGGGAGACACCUCAAGUGGACCCCACAGAAAUGGAACGCCAUACUGCAAAGCGGUUUAUUUGAGGAGGCCUCAGCAGUAGCGGUGCUGCAGGGUGACGACAGCGCACAGGUGGUGCUGCGGCUGAAGGAAGCAGCAACGAAAAGCUUCUACCCAGGGUUUUCUUUUGAGGGGACACCUAAGCGAGGUGUAGCGGAGUGUAUAUACAGCGACCGAAACAUCGGUGGUUUAGGCUGGGCCCUCAAAGGGGUUUUAAAGAAAACCUUUGGGGGCCCCUUCAGCAGCAGCAGCAGCAGCAGCAGCAGCAGCAGCAGCAGCAGUGCAGCAGAAGUGUCUCUUUCUAACAGCACAUUGAGGCGCCCAGCGGGUCUUUCUGUUUCUACUUUGUCGUUGUCUGAGCGCAACUGGGCCUCCGCUUCUUCUUCAUUAAAUUUGUCUCCUUUAAAGAGGAGACAGACAAAUAUAUCUUUUGUUCACGAGCUGCCGCUUGCUGCAGCAGCAGCAGCACCAGCAGCACCAGCUGCAGCAGCAGCAGCAGCAGCAAAGCUGUCUCCUCCCCACGACAGCUUUAUCAAAGGGACGGUGGAGCUGAGGGCCUCUCGCCAUGUGUCUCUUCUGUCUCCUUCUAAGAGACAGCCUCUAAAGGAGACAGCUGCUGCUGUCUCUCUGAAGAGUUUGAGGGGUCAUACAAAAGCAGCUGUUAUAGGGGGGCCCCCUGCGCUUUCUGCUGCUGCUGCUGCUGCAGCAGCAGCAGCAGCAGCAGCUGAUCCGCAGCAGAUAGAGGCCCCCAUAGGCCAUGAUACAGCAAAAGCUACUGUCUCCUUUGCUGCCGCAAGGAGACAGACAGCACACCCUCAAUUUAUGAGCACACCCUUUGAAGUGUCUCUACACCUCAGCAGCGGAGUGGGUGUUGCUGUACCUCUUACCUCUGCUUCUCUCUCUGCAGCAGCAGCAGCAGCAGCAGCUCAAGAGGGCCUCUGGGGGCCUCUAGGGCCCCCCUCUUCAGCGUCGUUGCCUGCUGCUGCUGCACCAGCAGCAGCAGCAGCAGCAGCCACAGAAGCAGCAGCAGCAAAUGGAGGCUCUUUAAAGAAGCACUGCAUGAGGCAGCGUCUCUGGGGGGCCUCCCGUUGGGCUCGGGAUGCUUGUCGUGCUGCAGCAGCAGCAGCAGCAGCUGCUGCUGCUGCAGCAGCAGCAACAGCAACAGAAACUGUCCUUGAGCGGGUGCCGUUUGCCGGUGCUGCGCUUCUGCAGCAGCUGCAGCAGCAGCAGCAGCAGAAAUCCCCGCAGCAGCAACAGCAGCAGCAGCAGCAGAGUUCUUCUUCUGCUGCUCAGUUGUUUGUGCGGCUGGAUGCGAAGGGGUCUCUUAGCAUAACCCCUUACAUGUUUAUAAAAGGAGACACUUCUGCUGCUGCUGCUGCUGCUGCUGAGAGCCCAUCGAAGUACCUCCUUUUGCGGCGUCUCCUUCGCUGCAUUGAUUUUAAGGGUCUCUGUAUGCAAACAACUUGGGGGGCGCAUCUCUUCUUAGGGGCCCCCAUGCUGCAGCAGCUGCAGCAGCAUCUGCAGCAGCAGCUCUUGCGGAAGCGCAAGGAAGGAGGGCUGCAAGCAGCUGCAGCAGCAGCAAGAGCAGCAGCAGCAGCAGCUGCUGCUGCUGCUGCUCAAGGCCCACCUGGUGAGGUCCCCACACUGGAGGGAGAAGGCAUGCCGAGGGGUCUAGAGAGAUUUGCUGCUGCUGCUCCUGCUGCUGCUGCUGCUGCAGCUGCUGCAGCACUAAAAGAACCCCACAUUCUUAUUCUCUCCUCUAGGCAUUCGCUCUCUCUUCCCUUCGUGGUCAGGAGACAGUUGCAUUGGGGACAGAAGGAGACAUCUGUACCUUUGUUUGAACUUAUGCUUUUUGUUGAUGGGAGCAUAAUGCCUCUGUCUGUACACCGCAAAGGAGACACCCCAGGUGCAGCAGCAGCAGCAGGAGCUGGAGCAGCAGCAAAUGUCUCUCCCCACGACCCUCAGGCUGCUGCAGCAGCAGCAGAUGCAACAGAUGCAGCAGCAGCAGCAGCUGCUGCUGCUGCAGAAGCUGAUAUUGGGGCACCUGACGAAGCAGCAGCAGCAGCAGCUGCUGCUGCAGCUGCUGCUGCAGCACCGCAUGCAUUGAACGAGGACCAAGGCGCAGCAGCAGCAGCAGCAGCGCCAGAAGCAGCAGCAGCAGCAGCAGCAGCAGUACCACCGCCAUCACCAUCACCACCAACACCCGCAGCAGCUGCUGUUGCCGCUGCUGCUGCUGCUGCUGCUGCAUACCCCUGGGAAGCAACAGCGGGGUUUGCGCUGCGUCUGCACCCCUUGCUGCUAGGCGUGAGCUGGAACGUUAAAGAUAUUAAACAAGGAAGCAGAUUCUUUAUUCGAUUUAAACAAAACACUUAA